AUGGAAUCUCUUCUGGAAGUGACUCCAAAUGAUAGACUUACGUUCACUGGUCCAUUCACGGAUGUUGUCACCGCUCACAUGACACUCAAGAACAUGUCAUCGAAUUCAGUAUGCUUCAAAGUGAAAACGACGGCACCGAAACAGUUUUGGGCUAGUCCGAACACUGGACUAAUAAUACCAGGAGACUCAAAGCAAAUCAAAGUGAUGCUGCAAUCAUUUAAAAGAUUCCCAUCAGAUGCUGGACGUCACAAGUUCCAGAUUCAGUCGUGUGUAGCUCCAGCUGAAGAUAUUCAAGAUUUUAAGUCGAUUUGGAAGAAUGUAGAUCGAUCGAAGAUACUGUACAAUAUAUUGAGGACUACAUUUAUAGAAAAUAUGAAUCCAUCAUCUGGAGAGGAAAGCAAGAAAAUAGUUGACGCAACUGUGAAGGAUGAUGUCGAUAUACUCGCCGGAAUUCUGGAUUCCCUCGAUGUGGAGAACAUUGUUUUACGUCAGGAGUUGGAAGAUGCACGUCGAGAACUCAUCGAGGCUCGUAAAGAGAUAGAAGACAGUCGUGCUGCCCGCUCGCAGACAAGGUUCGAAUGCGAAAUCUGUUUGCAACAAUUCACAGACAUUGCCGGAAACCGUGCCCCAAAGGUUUUACGCUGUGGACACACAAUCUGUGCCAGUUGUGUCAACUCUCUACAACAGGACAACAGUGUGACCUGUCCAUUCUGCAGAGUCGUCACCUCCAACCUCAUAGAGAUCUAUAACAAUUAUAUUAUUCGUCUCCUACUUUUUCUAUAA